AACAGCCGUUCGUCGACAUCUCGCUCAUUGUUGCGCUGUGUGUCUGCCUCGACGAGCGCUACAAAGACCAAAACAAAUGAUGAAGACGGACAGUCGGCCGGCGGACCGGCCAGGCGUCAGUGCUUAUGCUCAGACUCAAAUUACCCAGUCCAUUAUCCUCCUCCUGAAAAUGCUUCGACUCACGGACCGCGGAAAUGAGUGUCCCCGCCGCCGCCCCGUCCUCUUAUUCUGUGGGUUCUCUAUUUUGCACAUGACAAGUCCGCUCUAUUCUGUCUUUGUAUUUCUGUCUCUCCCCUUCUCUCUCUCACAUCUCCUCCAAUCGAACCUUACACUCUUUUUGACUCCCCCCAUCCCUGCUCCAGCGACUCAAUCCACAUGCGACGCCUUCUCUUUUUUCUUCUGCUGCUUGGAGCCGCGUCCUUCGUACAAGCCAGCUCUCUAGCACGGCAAACCAGACACAAGAGGACAGACGAGGAUCGACGGCGAGCAGCAUCGCUCGUUGCGCGUCGAAGUGACUUGAGCUUCGAAGAGAAGCUCAGUCAGCUCGAUGAACAGCUAAAGUCAGGCGACCUCGACAUUGACGGGCACGAUGCAAUCAGGGCCCAAUUCUCCGACGAAUUCAAGCAUCAGGCCGACACACUCUUUUCCGUCGACAAGGCCAAGGUGGCGCUGCUUGCGGGCAGCAAGGACCUUGGCUUUCACGAUGCACACCACACGACCGCCCACAAGCCGGGAUAUACCCUGUCACAGGGCCAGCUCCAGCACACGCCGACACCCGAGUCGAACUACACGGCAGGGCAACAGGCCUGCACCAACCCAGAGAGGCUCGUGGCGUGGUCGAAUGUCGAGCCAGAGGACAAGCGCGCAUUCAUCGAAGCCGUCAAGCGCCUGACGGUGAUCCCUAGCAAGCUCGGCGGCAAGGGGAGUCUCUACGACGACUUUACAGGCACUCAUGUCUUUCUUUCCUAUUCUCUCCAUGGUACCUGCCUCUUCCUUCCAGGCCAUCGUGCACUGGUGGUGGCCUUCUACCGCGCCAUCCGCCAGGAGUGCGGCUACAAGGGCCCCAUGGUCUUUUGGGACAUCUGGACGAAUGCCAAUGCGUCCGAUCCCAAGAGCUUCACCCAUCACCCGAUCUUUGACGACAAGCUGGGCUUUGGCGGCACCGGUGACAGCAAAGACAGCUAUCGAAUCAAAAACGGGCCCUUUGCUGGCUUGAUGGUCAACUACACCAGAGACGAAAUGCAUCCGGGCAAGGUCAAGUACGACCCACACGUCAUCACUAGGCGCUUUGCGCUGUAUUCCAAGGAGAAGACACCGCACAGCUUCUUCUUGUCGACCGAUGCGCUCAAGUGGGUCCUCCAGGCGCCAAAUUACUACGACUUUGAGCAGCGCUUGCAGAUGCGCAUACACGGGUCGGCGCACCAUGCCGUCGGCGGCCAAUUCAACUUCCUCGAAUCGGUCAAUGGUGAGUGCCAUCGCCUUGGCAUCGUACGAAGUUUCUAUGUGCUCACUCGAGAUAGACGCCGCCAUGUUCUGGUCCCUCCACGGCUUCAUCGAGUGCAUGUGGCAGAAGCGCCAGCACAUGGCCGGCGGCCGCUUCAAGCACGACUUUGAGGGCUGGGUGCUGCCGCACAGAAAGGGCCCACGGUGCACCAAGGACACGCCCAUUACGACCCUCGGUCUCUACCUCGAGGAUGGGCCGCUGGGCGAGUACU